AUGUUGUUCCAGGAUAGCAUCUUCGACACGUCUACUCAGCGUUAUAUUCCUCGCCCAGUCGACGUGACGGCGAAGCAGCCUAUCAUGUUCAAGCCUGAGAAAUAUAAAAUUGGCUGGAUCUGUUCUCUGAGAAAAGAGUUCAUCGCCGCCAAAGCAUUUCUCGAUGUCCUCCACGGUCAGGUUGACAAUGCAGCAAUCAAUGAUGACAACAAAUACACACUCGGCAGUAUUGGCAAGCACAAUGUUGUCAUUGCAGUUUUGCCGGAUGGCCAAUACGGACUCGCCAACGCGGCUGCCGUCUUGAAAGACAUGACACGGACGUUUUCCGACCUGCGAGUCGUACUUAUGGUCGGGAUUGGCGGUGGCGUCCCGGGCAAAAAGGAUAUCCGGCUGGGUGACAUCGUUGUUGGAUCUAUAGGUCCAGGGAACGGUGGUGUAAUUCAGUACGACUACGGAAGGGCGGUCCAAGACGAGGAAUUUGCUGUUACUGGCCACUUAAACCAGCCGCCCAUGGCAUUCCUAACGGCUAUGAGUGCUCUGCACGCGACGUACGAGAUGGAAGGUCACGAAAUUGACAACAACAUCAAUAAGGCCCUUCAAAGGUACAAGCGGCUCGGCAGGGAAUACAGAAGACCGGAAGCUUCCACCGACAGGUUAUACGAAGCAGAAUACGUUCAUAAAGGAGGCGAGGGCGUUGCAUGUAGUCAGUCAUGUGUUAACGAUAAUCUGGUGCACCGGGACGAGCGAGGCGAGUAUGAAAACAAUCCCGCCAUUCACUGCGGCUUGAUAGCAUCAGGUAAUUCUUUGAUAAAGGAUGCGAUUCUACGCGAUAGGCUUGCAGCAAAGCACAGUGUCAUAUGCUUUGAGAAAGAAGCCGCAGGUCUGAUGAAUCACUUCCCUUGUGUGGUCAUCAGGGGGAUUUGUGAUUAUUCUGAUUCGCAUAGCAACGACGAGUGGCAGGGGUAUGCGGCUAUGGUGGCAGCGGCCUACGCGAAGGACCUGCUACUUCAGGUAGCUCCGAACAGUUUGCAGAAGGAGGAACGUGCUGAAACAGCUCUGCGACAAAUGAAUUACCGGUUAGAGGAUAUCCGCCAGAUACACAGGGACAGCAACCGUGACAUAAAAUCUCUUCCUUCCAAUAUUGGCGACGAUACUGUAUCGGAAUGGCUCAAUCCAGCCGAUCCACCUGCCGGUCACAACAAGGCUCACAAAGACUGCUACUCAGGUACCGGGCGAUGA